AUGUAUGUCUUCAAACUGCGGAUGUGUCCGGAUCCAUCACCUCAUGAUUGGACGCAAUGCCGAUACACUCACGAAGGAGAAAUCGCCAAGAGGAGAAACCCGGCAACUCAUUCUGCCAAUCCUUGCGCAGAGUACGAGAAGAACAUGAGAUGCUCCAGAGGAGAGAAAUGCCUGUUUGCUCAUGGCGUGUGGGAGCGAGGCUUGCAUCCCCAGAGGUAUCGAACAACCCUUUGCAGCAAAGGGAAGGCAUGUAACCGCAUGAUCUGCUUCUUCGCGUAG